AUGGCUCCGAAGAAGCUUAUUAUAGACACCGAUCCAGGUGCCGACGAUGUCAUGGCCAUGCUUCUAGCCCUGGCAGCCUCGCGGGAGGAGUUAGAGGUGGUGCUAAUUUCGGUCACCUACGGCAACGUGGCAUUGGAGGCUUGCUUACGGAACGUGGUUGCUAUGUUCCAUGUCCUUGACAACGAGAUGGAGUGGCGUAAGGCCCAAGGAAAGCCAUUGGGUUUCGAAGGUCUACGCACUUACAAGCCUAUCGUUGCCGUCGGUCCUGAGCACGCCUUGGAAGAGGAGAUUUUGAUGGCGGAUAACUUCCACGGGGCCGAUGGAUUACAUGGCGUUCACGAGGCUCACCCACAUCUGUCACCAGCCGAUACCUGGAAGUCUCUAUUCAGAGACGGGCUUCCAAGCGGGGCUGAUGAGCCCUCUUAUUUGAAGUAUUUCACACCUUCAAAAACUCCAUCACACAAGGAGAUCCUACGGAUCCUAAAGGAGGAGCCGGCUAAUACUGUCUCGAUUUGCGCUCUUGGCCCGUUAACUAAUCUGGCGCUAGCUGCCUCGGAGGACCCCGAGACCUUCCUCAGGGUUAAGGAAGUGGCUGUUAUGGGCGGAGCUGUGGAGUGUGAGGGUAACGUUACGCCGGUUGCCGAGUUCAACACCUAUGCCGAUGCUGUUGCUGCUGCCCGGGUAUUUGCUUUAACAUCGCCGAGCCCUGCUUCUACCAUGCCACCUAUCCCGAAGGACAAGGCGACUCUCCCGCCGUACCCAGAAAAGCUUUCCAAGACCUUAAAUAUAAGUCUGUUCCCCCUCGAUAUCACUACGCCCCAUCUCUUGAACUUCGGCUUCUUCCUGGAGAAAAUCGAAGCACAGCUUGCCAAUAAUAGCCCAUUAGGGACGUGGGUUAACACGUUCAUGGCUGGCAUUUUCCGUCAAAUAACCUCCAUGGUUGGUCCCGACGUAGAACCAGGACUGUCACUCCACGACCCCCUGACCGUCUGGUAUAUGCUCACGGGAUCAAACCCGGCAUGGACGCUGGCCAAAGGGGCGCCAGAGGACAUACGUGUUGAGACAUCAGGGCAGUGGACUCACGGAAUGCAUGUCUCGGAUCGCCGCAUUCUUAGGAAGCCUGACGGCGUGAACACUUUUGAAGUUCCGGGAGAUGAGGAUGGUUGGUUGAGUUUGAAGAGGGGCAAUAGAAUAAACAGGUAUGUUACUAGUCCGGGUGAAAUAGCUUUUGCGCCAUUCCUGAUGGAGAGGAUAUUCGGGUGA